AUGGCCGGCUCGGUGUUCAACGUGGCGAGCCUGAGGUCGGAAAUUGAUGUCGGCCCGUCGGCGUACUUCCCGUCGUCCUUCGCGCGGCAGUCGGGUGUGGCCGGCAGCACAGCGGCGCAAUCGUUCCAGUGGCGCGAUGCGAUGGCCAGCAUUGGCGAGCAUGAGGAGUGGCAGGUGACAGGCACCGAGGACCUUAACCACACGCUGCGCACCGUUCGGCACCUGCGAGCCAAGUCGAUGGGGCGCAUCGUUCACAGCUUGAAACGGGCGCAACACGUGUACGUGGCGUUCGUGAUGGACACGACCGGUAGCAUGGGCGAGCAUUUGGACAUGGUGAAGGCGCAAAUCGCGGCAAUCGCGACGGCCUUGGAACUCGUCGGGCUGGAACUGUUGGUGGGGUUUGUGGGCUACAAGGACCACGGGGACGCCGACUCGAUUCAAGUGCUGCCAUUCACGUCGAACGUGGGCAAGUUUCAACGCUUUGUGGAAGCAAUCGACGCCAACGGAGGAGAUGAUGCGCCGGAAGACGUUCUUGGCGGCCUCUGGGCGGCGGCGACGCAGCUUCCGUGGGAGCCGGAGUGCACAAACGUUCUGUUUCACAUUGGGGAUGCUCCGCCCCAUGGCACGACGUACUGGACAGGGUACGACAACUUUCCCAGUGGCCACCCCCUCGACCAGUCGCCAGGCGCCAUCUUUGGGCAAUUGCUUGCACUCAAUGUGGCCUACUACUUUGGGAAGCUCACAACAUGGACGGACAUGAUGGUACAAGUGUUUCGACGGCAUGCUGCCAUCACGGUGUUUGACGUCGGGGAUUCGAUUGACUUGUACGGCAGCGUUAUCACGGCCACGCAAGAGUCGGUGGUGUACCACCAGCAACGAGUCCUUGGCAGCGUUGGGUCGGGCCAAACGUUUGAUUUGCGCGUCCCAACGUGGUCGGGUAUAAAGCGCCGACAAGCCGAGUUGGCGAGGUAUCGCUGCAAUCCCGCGACUCUUUCGGCUGAAGACGUCACGGCUCCCAUGACCAUGCUCAUUCGCAAGAGCACAGUCCGCAUUGCGCCACUGCCGUUUGCCCGCGGCUGCGAGCGGUCCGCCUUCUAUGCCCAGGAGAUGGUCAGCGAUCCAAACGCGCCAUCCAAGUGUUCGUGGCAACGGAUGGUUGCCAAGCGCUUUCUUCGGAAUGAAUCUAAAUCUGCCAACGGGGUUGAAGGCCGGUAUCUGAAGGCGAUGGAAGGCCAAGCCAUGGCGGCAGCGUUGGCGCAAAACUUCAACAAACUCAUGGCAACUGGUCCCUUGGCAGCCGUGUCGCUGUCGUUCUUGGAGGCGAGCGUAGCAAAGUUGGCCGACGGCGACGAGUUUGUCGCGAUGGAGCGGUUCCUCCCGUCCUUUGAGCGGUUUUCCAACAACGUGGACUGGGUCUCCCCGCGGGAGGCAACGGAUCCGUGCGUCCAAUACGCCGUCGCCUUCACGCACUGGACGUGGGUUGCCACGAAGGGGUAUUUGAUGGUGGUCGACUUGCAGGGUCACCGUGCGAACAACGACACGAUGGUUUUGACCGAUCCAGCCAUCCAUUGCACCGACAUGGUGCGCUUUGCGGGGGGGACGAAUCUCGGUGCGCGAGGCAUGGACGAGUUUUUUGCGACGCACACAUGCAACCACUUCUGCGACGGCUUCCAGUCACUCAUGGCUGGCCAAUCUACCACUCGGAAGCGAUCCAUGUAG